GUGCUGGCCGUGCUGCUGCAGGAGGAAAUCAACAUGGCAUCCGACAGAAUGCGAAGUCCUGCGUCAAGUGAAUUUUACAAAUCUAACAGCAGCACUUCGCCAGAGCCUGAAAAAUCUGUGAUCAGUUCCGACUCUUCUAAUGUCGAAGCGAACCGUGGCCUGCCUGUCACUGCGCUAGAAAAGCGCGAAGCGCAUAGUUACCGAAAUCUUCCUGGUUUAUUUGAAACGGCGUCAUCUGCGGAGUGUGUUGUGAGGAAAAUAGUAAACACAGAGUUGCGCCAUGGCUCGCAGGAAAGCAGAGCGGGUGAUUCGGGAAGCAACGCUUUAAACUGUGCCACCAAGUGUCAUAAAAGUUGGAGUCACGACCGUCCGCCGGGUGCAAAUGUUAGCGGGAUGACAAAACCACCUUCGAACGCACGAGAAGGCGGAUCCGACACCAAGUCGGCUACAGCAGUAGCCACAAAUGGACAAUCGGCAGGACAAAUGAAGAAGGCCCCAGGCAGUCCGGAUUACAAGAAGCACAAGAAAAAACACAAAGAAAAAGACAGACAUCAUGAUAAAGAUGGUGCAAAAGAUCGAGAUCGGAACAGAGAUCGUGAUAGAGAUAAAGAACGAGAGCGAGAAAGGGACAAGGAUAGAGACAAAGGACGUGACAGAGACCGAGAAAGGGACAGGCAUAGAGAUAGAGACCGAAACAGAGAUAGAGCAAAGCACCAUGACAGGGAUAGAGAUCGUGUCAAAGGGAGAGAUCCUGAAAAAGAGAGGAUUAGACCAAAGGACAUCGAGAGUGACGGUAUGAAGAGUUCCCACGCCCUGUCGGAGGUCAGGAAGGUUAGCGAAGAAGAUUGUUUGAGAGCGCAUCAAAGCAAGUCGCCCAUCACUGCUCAAAGAUUUGAGGAAUUCACUUUGGAAUCAAGCAAGCAAUCUCAGUCAUCACUUUCACUCCAUGAUACUUCACAAGUUACACUGCUGGAAAGUGAGCAAGUUUCUGCACCUGUUGAAGCAUUUCACGUUCCUAUUGCAUCCUUGCCAGAUUCAUUUGUUGAAAACGUGUGGUCUGGGGAAGCAUCCUCAUCGGAACGGUUCAUCGAUGGUGUGACAUGCAGUAAUAUUGGAGCAGAAAUCCUUGUUUGUCAUCAAGAAGAAGUGUGUAAUGAAGUUGUAUGUGCAUCUGAAGUAGAAAUCAAAGAAACCUGUGGUGAUGAAGUUGUCUGCACAUCAGAGGUAGAAGAUAAAGAAUCCUGUUCUGAAGAUGUCAUUAAAGAGGAGAUUGUGGAACCGUUAGAGCAAAUUCCAUACGAAAGCAGUUCUGUUGUCCAAACUGGUGACCCAGUCCCAGAAAAUUCGUUGGUCAGUGCUGAUCAAUCUGUUUCUAUUGGUGAUUGUGUCUUGUCAGAAGAGACAGUUAGUCAAGUUUUGACACCCGUCUCUAGUUCCUCCAAACCAAUUGAUGACAAUCAUAGUGAUACUAUUGUAAGUACCCCCAGUGUGCCAGCUAGAAUCAAAGAAGAAAAGCGAUCCUCAAUUGAUGAAAAGGAUUUUGUGAUGGUGAAAGACGAGAAGCGUGCAUCCAUUGAUGAUGUGAAAAUUAAGACUGAGUCCAGCACUGUGCCUGCAUCCCAUGUUGAUAAGCCCCACAGACGGCCAAGCAGCAGCGGUUCUAGUGGACACAAAAGCAGUCGCCGAGAUUCUGAAAGGAAGGACCACAGAUCUUCAUCUUCAUCUCAUCAUUGUUCUAGAUGCUAUAAACGAUCUAAAAUCAAGCGGUGCAGCAUUGGUGUUCAAUGUAGAAGAGACAAAACUGUUGGAAAACUUUUGCAGCCACCUCCUCCACCACCCCCUUCAGCAUUCAACUGGCAUCCUGCUCAAAGACCGUCCAGUAUCAGCUCCAUAUCAAAACCUGAUCAGUAUAGUCAUCCCUCCUCUGAUGUAUAUCGGUACGCCAAAUAUAUGCACAUUGAAACUCAUCCAAAUGGUGGAGCAAGUGUAGUGCAUAUGUACCAAGAAGAACUCAACCAUCUAUCUGAAGACCAAAUGAAUGAGCUUUCUGAUGAGUUUUUUAAGGUGGUUUUUGGAGAGGAUGAAGAUGGCAAUGCAUUUCAUGUGAUGGGUAUUGUGCAUGACUCUGCAUCAUACUUGCCUGACCUUUUGGAUCACAUGGCUGACCAUUAUCCCACUCUUACUGUCAAAAAUGGGAUUCUUGGUAGAAGUUCAGAUAUUGAAACAACAACUAUGGCUGCAUAUCGAGAUCAGGUGUACCGCACUUACGGAUAUGGAACUGUACGGUAUGGACCAUUGCAUCAAAUAUCAUUGGUUGGAACAGUUACAGAAGAAGUAGGUGGUUUCUUCCCAGAUUUUUUGAAGCGUCUUGAAGACAAUAUUUAUUUACGUAAAACAAUGCCCUGGGGUCCACUGUCUGUCGUUCAAAUGGAAACUCCUCUUGAGUCAAAUGAUGGACCAAUAUUAUGGAUAAGACCUGGUGAACAAUUAGUGCCUACAGCUGAUAUGCCUGCUAAGUCACCAUUCAAGCGAAAACGAACUGGUAUUAAUGAGUUAAGAAACCUUCAGUACUUACCUCGCCUCUCUGAAGCCCGGGAAUACAUGUUUGAGGACCGCACCAAAGCUCAUGCUGAUCAUGUUGGUCAUGGAUUGGAUAGAAUGACAACUGCUGCAGUUGGUAUUUUGAAGGCUGUGCAUUGUGGAGUUCCAAGCAAUCAAAACAGAGUAACAAAAGAUGUUGUAGCGUUUUAUGCCUCUGACUUCCCUGAUCUUGUGGAGAAGCUGCAACUAGAUCUACAUGAGCCUCCAAUCUCACAGUGUGUUCAGUGGGUUGAAGAUGCAAAGCUAAACCAACUGCGCAGGGACGGCAUACGUUAUUCAAGAAUUCAGCUUUAUGAUAAUGACAUCUAUUUCCUGCCUCGUAACAUUAUUCAUCAAUUCAGAACCGUAACGGCUGUGACAAGUAUUGCUUGGCAUGUUCGUCUGAAGCAGUAUUACACAGAUUCCUUGUUAAGUCAAGAUAUCAAACAUUCAAGAGUUGUCACAGGAGUCAACAACUGCCAUACUUACCGAGAAAAGAAGGACUUACCAGAUGUUAGACCUCAUCAGAUAGUGACACCAGACCUCAGUGGUCUAUCAAGUGAUGAGGAAAAUUCUUCUCCUCGCAAAAAGCAACGUAAAUCAUCUUCAUCACCAGAUGCUAGAUCUGAACGCAAGAAAAAGUCUUUCAAGGACAAGAAAGAUAAGAAAGUUGUUGACAAAAAGGGUGAGACAUCUUUCAAAGGUAUACAGUCCAAUGGUGGACUUGAUUCAAGGCUUCUUAAGAAAGAUCUUCCUAAAAGUUCUACUGAAAAUGGCAGUAUCACAACAAAUGGUGUUUGUAUUCCUUCUGAACUGAAACCAAUAGAUAAAUCUCACCAUGUUUCAACUUCUAGUGCCACUCCUAGUAAACAUAGUAAUAGUAAAGACCACAAGUCUAAGCAUCACAGUGGUGGGGGUAGCAGUCAAAAGCACAAGGACAGCAAGCACAGCAGCAGGGAUGGCCACUCUGAUGGUUCCAAGAGCAGUAGUAAGCAGAAAUUGAGCAGCAGUAGCAGUAAGCACAGAGAAAAGCAGGGCAGCAGUUCGAGCAGCUCAUCAAGUUCAUCCUCCAAGCUGAAGGAGAACAAUGCUGUCCGAAACUUGUCUACAGCCCUGGAUGACAAGUCCAUGGGCAUAGGUUUGAAUAAUAUUAAUGCGAACAAUGCUGCCAAGCCUGUGGUGUCUGAGUUAAAGAAAACCAAAGACUCAAAUGAGAGUGGCAAUACCUGAUCAUUCUUUAGUUUCCAUGUACCAUGUUUCAAUUAAUUUUGAAACUAUUUAGGAGCUUCUAAUCACAUUUGAAUAUAGCACAUAUGACAUGGUCCAGAGAGUAAUGUGUAGCAGUCCUCAUCACUUUUUGUGGUACCACACGUUGUUUUAUGUAUAGAAGUAUAUCUUUGUUUCAUCUUUGAUUAAUGAUGCUGUUCUGGAUUUUGAAAAGAGUGGGAAUGGUGUGUGAUUUCCCUUCAUUUGUUGCUAAUAGGUUUUGAUUAUGUUUAAGGAACCCUUAUGCUUUUACUCGUUGAAAGUAUUGCUCCUUGUUAGGUGUUUGUAAAAUAAUAUAUUUUAACUUUUUUGUUGUGGAAUUCAUCUAGAUAGGUUUUUGUUGACUGCCAAAAGAAUUAAUUUACCAUUAGUAGAUUUUUCCUCCCUCUAGUGUGCUGUGUCAUAUGUGUGAGGCAUUAUAUAUUUUUGCCUUUUACCUAAAAGAUUUAUGUUUUUCCUUAUUUCCAAACCUAUUAAGAAAACAAAAAGAAGCAACUUUAUCAUUAUUAUUUUUUUAUCUUAUUUAACUUAUUUGUAACCCGGUAUGGAAGAAUGCUUUCCUCUUUUCAUCUUAACAAACUAAAUCACACAUGUCCUAUCUUCCCCUAUCUUGUGAUUAAUUGUUGCCCCACAAACUUAACAUCAUAUGUAGAUUACUUAUAUUUUGCUGAUGAGCAUUUGUAUAUUUCUAUAGUGCACUCUGUUAUGUCCCACUUUUUCAGUACUUUUCAUUACCCUUUGUUACCUUUCAUUGUGCUUUGUGCAUGACAUGAUGUGUUUGUUGUGAACGUCAAGUUCAAACAACAGCAUCAAUUGCAUCUGUUAUGUAAGUGUUUUAUUUUUAUACCCAUCUCAGUAGUUGCUGUAUCUGCUCUUUCAAAGCUGUGUAGGCAUCAGUUGUCUAUCAGGCUUUUUUUCUACUAACUCAGAUUGUGUUGUUCUAGUGAUGGUGGGUGCUGCGUUAGGUGCUUUAGAGGAAAUGCUUUGUGACACAUUGUAAUAGAACUAGAGUUUUCCGUCUGAACAUGCAAGUUUCCUUAGUUUAUAUUUAUUAGUUAUCUUGCAUGUUCGUUAAUCAUGGUUUAAUUUUGUUAUAACUCAUCUUCCACUAACCUUUUCCCUGUUUUCAAAUGGUUAAUUUCCCAUUAUUUUAUUUUGCAUUCUCUUUUCAAAUCAAUGAGCACACUUAUUCUUGCUUGCUAAACCUUGUGGUGUAUACUAGGUUACUUGUGAUUUCUGAUAAUGUUCAUAGACUCCAUUAAGCGUUUCUUUACUAGUGCACCAAUGGUUAAUCCCAUGCCUUCAUUUUAGACAUGAACUGUAUGUUUUGUAACUGUUACCCUGAUUUUUUGAGCAAUUUAAAUUUAAGCGCAAUUGAAAAACUGCCUUUGGUGUGUCAGGUACUAGAUGUACCACUCAGUUCCUUUGAAUCAUGUACUAACUUGAGAAAUAGUAUUGGUAGAUAGAAGUGUUACUGGCAUAUAUUCCAUGAAUUGUUUUAUCGGUCUUAUAAGUGCUAGUGACAUAUAGUGACGUAUUUUUUGUGAGUCCUCAUCACUUAAUUUAUAACUAUGAAUGUUUUAUUCAUCAAUCAAUGUGAAGGUACAAAUUUAAUUUAUGUUAUAGUGUUAGUUUGCAUUUGUUGUUGAAACCUAUUUUAUUUAGACAGUUGUCAUUUGACAGCAGCACACAACUUCAAGGACAAGUUCAGAGCUCAUCACAUAAUGCAGUUUUCUUGAUGACAAAUGAGUUUCCUAUUGUUCUGUGUCUUAAUUAUGAAUGGAAGUAUGGUUACCAUUGAUCUGUUCUCAUGAGGCAAUAAUUCUUGGAGCUUAAGCUUUUGGGAUAAAAUUUUGCUGGUUUUCACAGCCAUAUUUAGGGCCUUACAAGACUGAUUUUUCAAGGCAAGUUGAGACAAGGCCACAAUGACCACAUAAGUUUCUUAGAUUUAAAACCCUGAGAGCUUUGUUCAUGGAGUAUCUUCUUGUUUUAAUUUGAAUCAUGGAGAGAAACUGAUUGUCCAUUUUCAAUCCAUCACAGGCUUAUUUCUGAUCAAUAUUAGUUGAAAAGGGUGAAAAAGUGAACUUGACACUUUUGAUCUGAAAAAAAUUAGUCCCUUUUUUUUCUGUUUGGAUGUCUGAUGUCAUGCAUUGUCUUAUUUCAACUUCAAGAUCUUGGGAAGUCCUCAUUGUGUCAUUUGAUUUUCAGACAAUUCCAGUCAAUGGGGGUUUUUGAAGGAAGGAAGAGUCAUAUCAUUUGCAUUGCACAGUAAUCUGUCACUAAGUUGUUGACUGGAAAAAAGAAACUUUUCACAAAUUCUCCUCAAACAUUUGCUUCUUGCAGUUAGUUGAUUUUAAAAGAAAAAACCAUGUCGGUGCUACAUAUAGAAUGUUGAUUUUUGUUGAUUGUAUUGAUUUUUGUUUCCCCAUUUUUAAGACAUAUAGCCUUUUAAUAUCUAUGCCCUAAGGAAAUUUCAUAUGAACGUGUAAAGGUUCUAGAUUGCUCGAUCAGAAAGCUGUUGAUGUAGUAACUGACAUGUGAAUCAAUUAAAAUCAAUUUUAAGUCUGUUUGUUCAAAGAUGUAAGAGGUGCCUGAUUUUAGUCUAGUUUACAUUUAGAGAGGAUUUAUGCAUUGUUUCAAUGAUGUUAUUUUUAUGCAAAAUUCAGGCCAGAUGAUUUAGUGUAAGUUUGUGAAGACUGGGUUUUCUAAACAAUUGAAAUACCAAAAAAUUUAAUUAAUUCAAAAUUACAUUGAAAAAUUUACCUGGAAAGAUGACAGACUCAUCAAACCUUGGAGCUCCAUCAGUUAUUGGAGCAAAGGUUGUUUUUUUGUUGUUUUUUUUAAUAAGAGAAAGCUGCUCCUUCAAGUGUGGUAACUUUGCACGCAUUGUUAGAAUAGAUCCAUUGGCAAUAAAAUUUCUUCUGUAAUAAGAUUGUGAGUAGGAGUGAUUUUGUAGCCAUCUUCAUACAAUGCUUCUUUGCCACUGGUUGCUGCUGUCUUUUCCACAUGAACUUAAGAGGGCCUUUUUGGCGUCUAUUUAUUGUACCAGAAGUUUAUAUUUAAAAUAGAGGAAAGUGGCCUUUUUAUGUUGUUACGAUUGUUUGUGAACAGUAAAUAUCUUACACAAGG